AUGGACAAUUCCUGCGACGAACGAGCACCGUUGCUCUCUCAGGCCGAGUCAGACUUCCACCCGCAUAUUUCACAUCCUCAAGAAGAUGAUACCCAAAAUGAGUAUAUUGUGUCCUAUCGAGUUCUACCGAUAUCAUUACUUGCGUCUUUGGGUAUGGCAGCCACGAUAGCGACAACUAUAUAUGCCUAUGCAAAUCUGCUAUGCGCUAAUCCGAAAGCCUGCAAAGAUGGCGAGCAAAGUGCAUAUGCCGCAGUGGUAGCAAUCGCCAACGGAAUCGCACAUACAGUAGCGAUCCUAAUCUUAGGGCCAUUGGAGCAUCUAGUGAAGACGCAGCUGAAAGCAGGCCUGGCUUUAUGGAUCGUAUGCCGAGCUGCGAGUGUCCUGUGUUUGGUUAUAGGCGGUGAUUCCCCCCCCACAACCUCCUCUUACCUUCAAAUAGAAAUGGCACUUCGAAGCGUUCCAAUUGCUGUAUCAGGCCGGCUCUUUGAGGGCAUCGCAUCGGACAAUCUUCUUCAUUUCAACCUCAACACAAUCUAUGUGUCUACUGCUUCGCCGUCAGCACCAGAGACAUAUCGUCUCAUUGCGGCAUCGUUGGCCUUAUAUAUGGUAGGAACAGCCGUGGGCCCCAUGGCUGUUACUGUCUUUCAAAACUAUACAGCCAGUUUCACCACAGCACUGGCGAUAUUUGCUGUGGCUAUGGUAUAUCUGAUGGUGUUUGUACCGAAGCCCACUGAAAGGCAUCUAUCGUCUGGACCAGAAAAUGCAGAGUCUAUCGAGGAGAGGGUAUCAGACAAGUCGAGGUUGAUGGUCCUGCUGUCACCAUUACAGCCAUUCUAUGAUAACCCGCUGGCCAUCCUCUAUGGCCUAUCGUUGCUGUUGUACACAGCUGUUCAAGGCCAUCUUUUCCCUGUGAUCAUGGUUUUCGCCUCUAUCCGUUUUCACUUUGCCAGCCUGGGGAAUGGCCUCUUAGUCUCCGUUGCAGCAGCUUGCGCUGCGCUCCAAAUACUGCUGAAGGUGUACAUCGCGCCGGCAAUUGCCAGGCUGUUGGGACGUCAGCCGGCCACUACAAGCGACAAUGCCAACAGAAACACGGUUGUAGCAGCUGUCUGUAUUCAAGCGACAGCCCUGGUAGCUAUGACUCGAGUAACCAGCGCUGUCCAGCUGUAUUUGGCGGUCGCAACCUCGGCUGCCGGGCUUGCGGUGCCGGCGUUUUUCAAGAGCCACUUCGUCUCGUUCAUGCCGAGCGCCUCCCAAGCCAUCUCAGCUCUAACAUUCAUGGAGAGUAUUGGAGGGCUGGCCUCCCCUUUCUUCCUAGGCUCAUGGCAGGCUGUUUUCCCGGGUCAAACAGUGUUUUUCUUCGCAGUUGGUCUUUUGGUGGUCUCUUUGUGUCUGUUCCUGACGGCGGAGUUUCUUUUGGUCUCCAAGAAUCGUAGCUGGCUACAGAGCAGAAAAGCACUGAACGACUUAACGCCGUGCUAGCCUGUAUGGAGUAUCCGUGGACAUUCACAGCUUUGUAUAUUCCGCUGCUGCCUUAAUAAUUUAUGGGUUCUGGGGCUUUUUAUUUAUUUUCGACCCGAGCUCGGAAGUUGACGCUCUCCAGCCGCAGAUUCGAGGGCUUUCAAUUCCGCGAUAUCCAACCAUUUCUGAAUUGCUAUUCGAGCAGUUGACCAGCAUUCAUUAUAAUUGUGGUUGUACUCCGUACAGUGCUCCGUCAGAGCUCUCCUUCGUAUGCUGAAACCAUUGGCAGUGACCAGGUAGUUAAGUAGACCAAGGCCAAGGCUGUAAAUCUCUGUAUUGAAUAAACCAUAUAUAGUUGCCAGUUUCAAGGGUUAAACUAUUGGUAACAAUAUUGGCUAAUCGAAAUACGUCGAGUGGCGUCCGAAUUGCCCAGAGCAAACAGAAAACAUCUCUCAAAUGCUGCACUGAGUACCCCGUAGAGUGGCAGAUAAGUGGUUUUGGACACUUCAGCAACCCCCUGGCAGGAUCUUCUGCAUCAAAGCCCACUUAGUUCCCAGUUGCUAACGGUGUGCUAGUUCGUGGUCAGAGCCACCCAGGGAGGAGCAUCCUCUCGCGAGAAGAGCCCCUGUUCACACCUGCAUAUCCCGCAAACAUUGGCGUUGAAUCCGUAUGCAGCCCGGGAGCUUUGUAACUAUGUAGAGUGAGCAGGAGGUUUUGUCAAACCCUCCCCUUGCCUGGCCCAAUAUUACUUCCACAGCAUACUCAGCUCCGCGCCCUGUCUCUUGCAUAUUUGCAACUGGUCGAACACAGCAUCCAUUCUUGUUCCCUCCCGCCGCUUCGUGUGUAUCCCACCUGCAGAUUGGGAUCAAAGCGCAAUAUGACGUAUUUGGUAGCUCAACACUUGCGAUCCGAACAUCACCCUGAGCUCGCUUUGCCUUGGAGACGGCAAGUCGGCUACCUC